UCAGCUGUUUAUUGACGAGGUGGCAACACCGCCGUAAAUGCACGUGUAAACUUUAAGGCAAAACAAAAAUGGGCAAGAAGCAAGCCGAUGAGAUACCAGGGUUCCCCUCGCUGGACAAUGGUGGCGGAGGCGGACAGAACGACGAUAUUCUGAAGAGCAAAGCCAAGUCUAAGAAAAGCGGUGGCUUUCAGUCCAUGGGACUCGGGUUUGAACUGAUCAAGGGCAUUACCAAGCGUGGUUACAAGGUGCCCACACCCAUCCAGCGAAAAACUAUACCCCUCAUCCUCGAGGGACGCGAUGUGGUGGCCAUGGCCAAGACGGGCUCUGGAAAGACAGCCUGUUUUCUGAUUCCGCUCUUCGAGAAGCUGCAGCGCCGGGAACCCACCAAGGGCGCCCGAGCCCUCAUCCUCUCACCCACUCGAGAGUUGGCCGUGCAGACGUACAAGUUCAUUAAGGAGCUGGGACGGUUUAUGGAGCUGAAAACUAUUCUGGUGCUGGGUGGCGACUCCAUGGACUCGCAGUUCUCCGCUAUACACACGUGCCCUGAUGUUAUUGUGGCUACGCCAGGUCGGUUCCUUCACCUGUGUGUAGAAAUGGACCUGAAACUAAACUCCAUUGAAUAUGUCGUGUUUGACGAAGCCGAUCGGCUCUUCGAAAUGGGCUUCGGUGAGCAACUAAACGAGACAUUGCACCGCCUUCCCUCUACCCGUCAGAUGGUCAUGUUUUCUGCGACGCUGCCCAAGCUGCUUGUGGACUUCGCUCGUGCUGGACUCAACGAUCCGGUGCUGAUACGUCUGGAUGUCGAGUCCAAGCUACCUGACGCACUGGCUCUCAAGUUCCUCUACUGCCGCCCCGACGAUCGCUACACUGCUCUGGUGGUCCUUCUUAAGUACGUGAUUCCCCAGGAAGCGCAGACCGUAGUGUUUGCCGGCACCCAACACCACGUGGAGUUAAUCUCGUAUAUUCUCACCGGUGCGGGCAUCUCCAACACCUCCGUUUACUCCAGUCUCGACCCGGCGGCGCGUAAAAUUAAUACGGCAAAGUUUGUCAGCAAAAAAGUAUCCGUCCUCAUAGUCACGGACGUAGCAGCUCGAGGUAUCGACAUUCCCAGCCUGGACUACGUAGUAAAUCUUCACUUUCCGGGCAAGCCGAAGCUCUUUGUGCAUCGCGUUGGACGUUGUGCUCGCGCUGGUCGGACUGGUACCGCCUAUUCCAUCUUCUCCACCGACGACACCGCCCAUCUGCUGGAUCUGCAUCUCUUCCUCAACCGGCCCUUUAAUAUCAACGACAGCACAGCCAUGGGCACAAUUCCACAGGAUCUGCUGGAGGAGGAACACUUGACCGUGACUGAGAUCAAGAAGAGUCACCACAUUGCCGGAGUCUUACGGACCAGUGAGAACGCUUACAAGAAGUACCUUAGCUCUCGUCCCGUGGCCUCCACAGAUGCCAAUGCGCGGGUGAAAAAGAUUAAGUUCUUUGCCCUCAAGCCCCUGGAGGACUUCUUCACAGCCGCUCCUGUGUUGGCCCAGGCGGCCGAGGUAAAUGGCCAGACAAAGGAAUCCCAGUCCGCUGUGGCUGCUGCCGAGCGCAAGUUGCAGGAGGAAAAGCACGAUAUACUGGUCAAAAUGCGAAAUUUCCGACCAGGAGGGACGGUCUUUGAACUGAACACCACGCAAAAGUCUACACAGUUCCUGGUGAUGAAGGAGAAACGCUCCCAGCACGCCGAGGUGAUUGAAAAGUUCCGACAGCAGCGGGCCGAGGAGGACGACGAUGAAGCCAAGAAGGAGGCCGAGGCCCAGCAGCCAAGCUCCGACCGAAUGCCCACAGCAGAUGAAGAAGCUAUCAGCAGUACCUUUAACAAAGUGGUGGCCCCCAAGAAGCGCCAGAACAUGGACUCUUUGUACAAAGAAAAGCCGAAGAAGAGAAAGCGACAGGCUAACACCAAGGACACAGAGCACUAUAUUCCGUAUCAGUCGGCGGACAAGCACACGGAGGAUGGACUGGCCAUCAACACGUUCGAGCGGCAGGCGCAGAAUGCCGAGUUCUCUGUGGUCGACCGUAAUGCGGCGGAAGUGAAGCACAAGCCUGGUCUGAAGAAGUGGGACCGCAUCAAGAAGAAAAUGAUUUCGGUACAGGAUCCGAGGGCAAACAAAAUCCGCACCGAGUCCGGCGCCUGGAUACCCGCCUCUUUCAAAACGGGCCGCUACACCCAAUGGAAGGAGAAGUCCAAGAUCGAGGAUCAGUUGCAGCGGGAGAACGCGGGCAGCGACGACGACAACUUCAAGCCGCUGAGCCACGCCCAGCGCUAUCCUGUCAGUCGCCAUGCUCGCCACAAUGUCAAGCUGGAGCUGAAGAAACGGCUGACUGGCAACGACAAGGAGAUGCGCCGGCCCGAGCAGAUCGUCAAGUCGCGUAUGCGCCUGGAGUUCAUCAAGAAGCGCAACGAGGACAACGCAGAGCGAAAGGCCGAGAACCGAAAGCGCAGCAUGCGGAAGAACCAACGCCCCAAGGGCCAGGGGUCUGGCGGUGGAUCGCGGAAGCGGAAGUGACCAAUGAAGAGAGAAAGUGCCUGCCAAGUCCGGGAUCUUCGAAUGCUCCGCA